CCGCUCGGAUCCGGGCGCGUCUGUCCCGCUGCCGCCCAGCGGGCACUGCCAGGGGCAGGGCUGCGGCGAGCUGCCCCUUCCAGCCGGGGCUCCGUGAUCAAGGCGGAGACCGAGCCAGGAGCUACCGACACGCGGGGCGCACCUGCUCGUGGGGGCCGGUCCCCAGGGCCAGCGCGAGCAGGGGAUCCUGGCAGGGCAGCCGGGCACCGCGGCCUGCUGUGCCUGAGGGCCAUGAGCUGUUCUCAACAUCUGGAGACCCAAAGGAGCAGCCCCUCAUCCUUGGGAUCUCAGCACUUGUAGAGGACUCUGCUGUGCCAAGAAGAGCCUUGCUGAAAGGAGCCCACCACCAGGAAAAGGCCAAAGGCUGCAGCCUCCUGUAGCCCCACCCAGGGUCUCUUGGGGCUCUCUGAAGGUCUUUAGUUGCAGAAGAAAGUCCUUGCAGGAUUUCUUCACUGGAGAGCAUGUCCAGAAUUGGAUGAGUCACCCCAGAUGCUGCAGCACUGUGAAUAGGAUUUCAUGACACCCUAGGUUGUCUAGGCCAGUCCCAUCAUUCCAGCGUGAAACUUCUGGGCCAGAGCCAUCAUCUUCUUCCUCCGCCUGGGAGAUUGCCUGAGGUUGCAUGGCAAGGCCGUGAAGGUCAGUCAACACGUGCAUGACUGGAAAGCAAAGGAGAGGACGACGUCCAUUGAGCUUCUGGCAGCCAAUUGGCCUGCAUCCUGACACCAUCUGACUUGGGUGAGAGAUAGGAUGAUAGCUGGGGAGGUGAGCAUGCAUAGCCCAAUUCUGGCCUGCUGGCAGCCUAUCCUCCUCCUGAUGCUAGGAUCCGUCCUCUCCGGCUCUGCCACGGGCUGCCCGCCCCGCUGCGAGUGCUCUGCCCAGGAGCGCUCUGUGCUGUGCCAUCGGAAGCGAUUCCUUGCUGUACCCGAGGGGAUCCCUACUGAGACUCGGCUCCUGGACUUGGGUAAGAACCGAAUCAAGACUCUCAACCAGGAUGAAUUUGCCAACUACCCUCACUUGGAGGAGCUGGAGUUAAACGAGAACAUUAUCAGUGCCAUUGAGCCUGGGGCUUUCAACAACCUCUUCAACCUCAGGACUCUGGGUCUCAGGAGUAACCGACUCAAGCUCAUCCCCUUGGGGGUGUUUACCGGACUGAGCAAUCUUACCAAGCUAGACAUUAGUGAGAACAAAAUUGUGAUCCUUCUAGACUACAUGUUCCAGGACUUGUACAACCUGAAGUCUUUGGAGGUUGGGGACAAUGAUCUGGUCUAUAUCUCCCACCGGGCCUUUAGCGGCCUCAACAGCUUGGAGCAGCUGACCCUGGAGAAAUGCAAUUUGACCUCCAUCCCCACGGAGGCGCUGUCUCACUUGCACGGCUUGAUUGUGCUGAGGCUGCGCCACCUGAACAUCAAUGCCAUCAGGGAUUACUCAUUUAGGAGGCUCUACAGGCUUAAGGUCCUUGAGAUCUCCCACUGGCCCUAUCUGGAUACCAUGACGUCCAACUGCCUCUAUGGACUGAACCUGACGUCCUUGUCCAUCACCCACUGCAAUCUGACUUCCAUCCCUUACGUCUCUGUCAGGCACUUAGUUUAUCUCAGGUUCCUGAACCUGUCCUACAACCCCAUCCUCACCAUUGAGGGCUCCAUGCUGCAUGACCUGCUCCGGCUGCAGGAGAUCCAGCUGGUGGGUGGGCAGCUCACCACUGUGGAGCCCUACGCCUUCAGAGGCCUCAACUACUUGCGCAUCCUGAAUGUCUCCGGGAACCUGCUGACCACACUGGAGGAGUCAGCCUUCCACUCAGUGGGGAACCUGGAGACGCUCAUUUUGGAUAACAACCCUUUGGCCUGCGACUGCCGGCUGCUUUGGGUUUUCCGACGCCGCUGGAGGUUGAACUUCAACAAGCAGCAGCCCACCUGCUCCACCCCUGAGUUCGUCCAGGGGAAGGAGUUCAAGGACUUCCCUGACGUGCUCCUGCCCAACUAUUUCACCUGCCGCCGGGCACGCAUACGGGACCGCAAGCCGCAGCAGAUCUUUGUGGAUGAGGGCCAUACGGUACAUUUUGUCUGCCGGGCAGAUGGGGAUCCACCUCCCACGAUCAUGUGGCUCUCUCCCAGGAAGCACCUCAUCUCUACCAAAACCAAUGGGCGGCUCACUGUCUUUCCCGAUGGCACUCUGGAGGUGCGCUACGCCCAGAUCCAGGACAAUGGCACCUACCUAUGCAUCGCCAGCAAUGCAGGUGGCAAUGACACCAUGCUGGCGCACCUUCACGUGCGGAGCUACUCCCCAGAUUGGCCCCACCAGCCCAACAAGACCUUUGCUUUCAUCUCCAACCAACCCAACGAGAGCGACGCCAACAGCACGCGUGCCACCGUGCCUUUCCCCUUCGACAUCAAGACUCUCAUCAUCGCCACCACCAUGGGAUUCAUCUCCUUCCUGGGCGUGGUGCUCUUCUGUCUGGUGCUUCUCUUCCUGUGGAGCCGGGGGAAAGGCAACACGAAGCACAACAUCGAGAUCGAGUACGUGCCGCGCAAGUCUGACGCCGGCAUCAGCUCCGCCGACGCGCCACGCAAGUUCAACAUGAAAAUGAUCUAACCCGAAGCAAUUUGCAAAUAAAAAGUUUUUUUAAAAACAAAAAAAGAACGUUGCUACAAACAUACCGACCUCUCUCCUCCUCUGAACCCCCCCUCCCCUCUCAUUCUGACCCCACCUCCCCGCACCACCACCUCUUCAUACCAGGAGAACAUUCUGCGGAUGUCUCCAGGACUCCCAUGUUUGUAAAGAAGUCGUCUGAUGGACGCCGGUGUCAGAUCUAAGAUGAGAGGGGAAAAAAAAACAAA